AUGGUGAUGCCACGAGACAGUGCUCGUGGCAGAUUACGUUCCCAUGAGGCCUGCCUCAACUGCAGCUUGUCUAUUGGAGUAGGCCUGAUGUCAUACAGGAGAAAGAAAACCCGAUGUCCGGCCGAGAAACCCUCUUGUUCAAGCUGUGUGCGCCUGAACCAACCCUGUCUUUAUACAUCGAUAUCGAGGAGCUCAAGGGGCGGUCCAUCGGACGAUCGGCUCGCGUUCCUGGAGGAGAAAGUAAACCUCAUUCUCAGCGGCUCUAGGCCAACACAAGACAUUCAGUCGGAAAAAGGACGCGAUGGAGCGAAUGGAACGAAUGGAAUUUCAGACACGUCUUAUCCAACACGUGCGCCUUCUAAUGAACCUAUUAACCCUGUGGCCGACCCUUUCUUCCUCGGCUUUGGCUAUGAGGACUCGAAUAAUCAACCAUCAUCCCCUGCGAUUGCUAAAGCGAUUGACCUCUACUUUGAAUAUUGCCACCGUCAGCCAAUUUGGUGUUUUAAUCGGGAAGAGGUCUCCGAUCCAAGUUGUCUUUCGGAAGAGCUUGUUUGUUGCCUUCUGGCACUGACUUCGAGGUUCUCGAGAGACAGAGAUCAUUUAGAACAUUAUGGCGACAGUGCGAGAAGCUUGGUUAUGCUUCGCAUGGCCAAUGGUACGGUCGAGCUCGAGACAAUUGAGAGUCUUUGUCUGCUCGCCUAUUCUUCGUUCUUAGAUGGGAAUAUUCAUCUCGGUCGCUUCCAUCUUGGUCUCGCGUUACAUCUCUGCCGGUCAGCAACGCUAGAUCUUGAAUCGACUUAUGUUGGGGAAGGUCCUACCACCGAGCGCAAGAAGCGUUUGUUCUGGAGUCUCCAAUGCCUCGAACAGUCAUAUGGGCAGCAAAAUGGCUUCCUCUGCGUACCAUCUGAGAUUUUGCGCGCAUUCUAUGUUUCAUCUAGCAGCGACCGGAUGAUGCAGAGUGAGAGCGAAGCAAAGCCUCCCCCACUACCGACCGAUGAUCUCGGUUGCUCGACCUCCUCCGAUAUAGGAAUUUGGAGUCUGGCAGCUCACUUUGGUUGGGUCUGGAGCAGAGUGCGAACAUACGUGUCAGAUUGUGCUCGGAACAGACUAAAAGAACCCUGGAGACAUGACUCGAUGUAUUCCAUGGUGCUCUCAGACCUAACAGAAAUCGAGAACAAACUUUCCCAGUGUCACCGAUAUGACUCGGUCAAGUUCUACGAGCGCACGGGAGAGGAGCUUGCAAUGAAUCGUGACUACUGGACUCCUUGGCUCAAAUUGCAAUUCACAUAUCAUUGCAUUCUGACCGUUCUCAACCACCCGUUUCUUUACAUUAUCGCAUCACAGUACAACGACAACCUUGCAAUUCCUAACGCCUUUUGGAGGCGAUCCUCAGAGCUGGUUCUCUUACAUGCCACUUGGCUUGUCCGCAUGAUAGACAUGGUUUUGGAGAAGAAGCUGCGAUUAAUUGAUCCAUUCUUUGGACACGCCGCUGCAAUUGCGGCUACAGUGCAUCUAUACUAUUGCUGCGCUGCGGACCCUCGACUAAAAUACAAAUCCAAGGUGGACUUUACCAAAUGCAGAAAGUUCCUCAAAACAUUCGUGGGCUUUUCAUCUGCUUGUGCAGUCUUGGAUCAAACUUUGGAUAAGAUGACACGGAUUGCUUCUGGAUCAGAAGAUGUCGAUUAUGACUGGGAGCCUGAGAAAAUUCAUCUCAGCAUUCCUCUAAUGUGGGAUGUUCUUCAGGUCAACUGUAAACCCAAGCCACAUGAAGUAUCUACGGGGGGCUUGCUACAUCCAUCAUUGACUCCGACCGUUUCGACAGAAGAGGCGGAUGACGGUCCUACCUCUACUGUAGAGGUCAUCGUCGCCAUGUCUCCUAAUAUCACCGUGAAUACUGCGGAUGGCGGCCAAGCCGCCCACAUGCCUCCGACUCUGCCACGCGUUCCAACUACAAAGUACUCACCCGACUUGGGCAUGGGAGAAAAGCUACUUGCACCCGCCGACAGUCUAAUGACCAAUACUCCCUGGCUAUGGGCUGAUGCCUCACAAUUUGUUGACCUGGAAAACAGUGUGGGAUAUGCCGAUUCAGAAUCAGCCCUCGGCAACAUUGAAGGAUUUUCCACAUGGUGGGACUUUGGAAACUUAUAG